UAUCAACCUCAACUGCUGCACCACACCAAUACCAUUAUUGCCUUGAUUCCCUCACAACAUGAUUAUCGUAUAAAAAAAGUUAGGGUUUUGGGUUCAUGGCUUAUUUGUUCGCUUCAGCUAGACUUUUUCCGGACUCAUGCAUGAAUCUUCUUUCACAUAUUGAAAGCUUAGAGUUUGUUGCACUGCUUACUGAGCCAUAAUAAGAUUUACCUUGUGAAACAGCCUCUUGCAGAAAUCUAGGGAAAGGCUGCGUACAAUAGAUAUAGACCUAAUGUGGUCGGACCCUUCCCGGACCCUUCGCAAGCGGGAGCUACAUGCACCGGGCUGCCCUUUUUUUCUUUUUUGCAGCAAUAGGUGCUCAUGUAGAAAUGUACAGCUAGUAGUCUGAUUGUCCACCUUCUUUUUACUGUUAUGUGGAACAUUGACCUUUUAUAUUGGCAUGGUAAUUAAACAGCUAACAUUGAUCCUUCUAUCUACAAAAGGAGUAUAACAGAUUAAGAAACAAACCUGUUCCUAUUUUUGGGACAGAACAUAGCUGAUAACUAUUUUUAGUUCUCGGAAAUCCCUCCUAUCCAUUCCUUUAUUGUCAAUUACUUCUAAUGGCUUGUUACCGUAAAAAAAACUUCUAAUGGUUUGCAGCAUUUCCUUUUGAGAAAUUUUUCCUCAUUUUUGUCCAUGCUACAUUAGGAAAGAAAUAAAGGAGGAAUUUCAAAGGGAACUUCAUUUUUGCGGAAUCUCUAUCUUCUGUUCUGGUCUUCUGAAUUCAAUUUCGCUUUGCAUUGCUGUUUAUCUUCUCUCCUUUCCAUCCAAGGGCUGUAAUGGGGAGUAGGCACCAUGAUGUUUUCUUGCAAGGGAAAAAUAGAUUGAUACCAGGUUCUUGGUUCUUGUUAUUGGCAUGUGCCUUCACACCAAGCUGAAGUUUUCAGAGUUCAGCUGCCUUCCAAAGAUAUUGGCUAGAAAGGCUGCAAAGAUUGGUCUCGAUCUGAUUCAUUUGUUCAAGAAGGCAUCACAUGUGCUUAUGGGCUGCCUUUGCUCCAAAGGUGCCAAAGAUCAUGCUGAUGCCACUUCCGAAAACAGAGAACCAUCAAGUAAACAUGACCUUAAGACUGCAUCAGGUACGAAUGAUGGCAGCAAAGUCAUGCCAUAUGCUGGAGAGAAGGUGAUGGCAGCUUUUGAUGCUAGGUUCAGCAGUUGUAACAAUGCAGAGUUGAAAGGGCUCUCGGGUGAGCAUGUUUUUUCUGGGUGGCCAACUUGGCUCGCAAAUGUGGCGCCUAAAGCAGUAGAAGGCUGGUCGCCUCGACGAGCCGAUUCAUUCGAGAAAUUAGACAAGAUUGGACAAGGAACUUACAGUAUUGUGUAUAAAGCCCGAGAUCUUGAAACAGGGAAGAUCGUUGCACUAAAGAAGGUGCGGUUUGUCAACACGGAUCCUGAAAGUGUUCGCUUCAUGGCUAGAGAAAUCCAUAUUCUUCGGAGACUGGAGCAUCCAAAUAUCAUAAAGCUUGAAGGAAUUGCAACAUCUCGUGUGUCACAGAGCCUGUAUCUGGUUUUCGAAUACAUGGAACAUGACCUUUCCGGUCUUAUUGCAAGUCCAGGCCUCAAACUCACCGAGUCACAGAUAAAGUGCUUCGUUCAGCAGCUGCUUCAUGGCCUUGAUCAUUGCCACAAAAAUGGAGUUCUGCAUCGAGACAUCAAAGGAUCGAACCUCUUGAUUGAUAGCAAUGGAGUACUGAAGAUUGCAGACUUUGGCCUGGCAACAUCUUACGACCCUGACAAUCGGCAACCACUAACUAGCCGUGUUGUGACAUUGUGGUACAGACCACCAGAGCUUUUGCUUGGUGCCACAGAGUAUGGUGUUGCUGUGGAUAUGUGGAGUACAGGGUGUAUUGUGGCAGAACUCUUUGCUGGCAAACCAAUCAUGACAGGAAGAACCGAGGUGGAGCAAAUUCACAAGAUCUUUAAGCUUUGUGGGUCGCCGAUGGAUGACUAUUGCAAGAAAUCAAAGGUGCCAGAAACAGCAAUGUUCAAGCGUCAGCAGCAAUAUAGGCGGUGUGUUGCUGAGACUUUCAAAGAUUUUCCUCCUUCCACUGUAGUUCUCAUAGACUCCUUGCUUUCAUUAGAACCAGAAGUUCGUGGAACAGCUUCCUCAGCUCUGCAGAGUGAUUUUUUUAAAACAGAGCCACUUGCUUGCGACCCUUCAAGCCUACCGAAACUUCCAGCAAGCAAGGAGUAUGAUGUUAGACUCAGGCAAGAGGAAGAGAGGAGGCAAAGAAAGGCAACUCUUGGUGGACGAGGAGCUGAAUCUUCCAAACCAGGAAAUGAAAAUCAUGUAACCAGUUGUGCUGUCAAUGGUGCUGCUGAAACGAAGGAACACGCGCAUGCCAUUUCAAAGAGCAGCAGCGUGAAGUUCUACCCCGAGGAUAGCGUGCCCGGGUUCCGAGUGGAGCCACGCCCGUUGCCGACCACGGUGCAGGUUCCUGCAUUUGGCUCUACAUGUAACAUGGGAGGUUACACAGAUCAUCCGACAAUGCCUGGUUGUGCCUGCAGUUCUGUUCAUGUCGCAAAUUCCUCUACCUCGAGGACAAAGGCAUCAUCACAUUCACAUAUACCACAGUUUUGCACGAAAGAUCUGAGGAAUGCAAUUGAGGUUACAUAUCAGAAUCAGCCACCUGAUAGGCCUGCAUCAUCUCACAACAAGAACCCUCCAGAGAACCAUGGAAGGAAAUUCAGGAGGAUCCACCACUCGGGGCCAUUGGUGCCACCGGGAGGGAACAUCGAGGACAUGCUCAAGGAGCACGAGAGGCACAUUCAAGAGGCGGUGCGCAAGGCACGGCUCGGUAAGACGAGCAGGUAGCGAGCAGCUGAACAGGUCGUAGGGUAGCUCUGCAAGCAUGGACCGGAUUUCAGAGGUGUCAGCACCACAUUCGUCUGCAAAGCUGCUGUUUCAUGUUUGCUGCAGGCCCCCUGUAUAAAGUUUUAGCAUGUAACUGUAUUUUCAUAUAGGAUAUUUGGCUGUUUAAACUUUAAACUGAAAAAAGCGCAGGGCAUGACUGAAUUUAUAGAUC